AUGUCUCAAGACGGCGACGAUGCUCGCUCUGUCGCUGAAAGCCUACCUGAUGCCCCUACCAAGCAGUCAUACCGAUCUUUCAAGAAAAAGUUCGCGAAACUUAAGGUCAAGUUCGAACUACAGAUGAGGGAUAGCGAGUUACUUGUUCGGGAGGGAUUGCGCAUUCAGGAUCUCUCAAACCGGAUUCAGGAGCAAAAUGACCAGCUUCUAGAAGUCCUUUUGGAAUUCAACGACAGCCUUCACAUCUCGCCCGAAUUGCGGUACGACUUGAGUGCUUCUGGCGAUGACACCCUUAUGCCAAAGGACGAAACACAAGUUUCCCCAUCGUACAACGACCCGGAAGCAGCACAGUCGAUGCUAAAACAUGCCAAAGAUGAGGUUGCGACUGGCAACAUGACCGCUGAAAGCUAUCGUGACCUGGAAAACGCUGUCAAACAGGGCAAAGCGUUCACGCCGCGGUUAGACUAUACCUCAUUGUUGAAAGUCCCCCAUACUCUGCCACAGAUGGAGGAAGAAGAGGUUUCGGCGGAUGGCGGGUUUGAGCAAAGUCUUGGUUUCUUCACCCCACAACACGAAACGGAACAUUAUCUGGCCGUGGAUGCUAAACUGGGCGACGAAACUGCAGCCUUGCAGCUCAGCCGGGCCCCCGAGAAAGCGACGUUUGCCGAUCGAGAGAGAGAUGCGGGUUUGCGAAAUUCCAUCUCAGUUUACAAUUGGUUACGGAGGAACCAACCCCAUAUAUUCCUACAAGACAACGAGAAUGCUUCUGAGAAGUCCGGCUCCCGGCCUUCAAACUUGCGCACUUCCAAGAAAGCGACCGGGGGUGCUCGAAAGGAUGAAGAAUUCUAUGAUGACGACAGCGUCUUGAUGGAAGGCGGCCCUACGCCUUCAGGUGCCAAGGGCAAACGCAAGCGCGACGACGAGAGCGUCGGUAAAAACAAAGGCGGAGGCAGCCGUUCCAACCGAAAGAAGAAAGAAGAGCCCUCUUCGACCGCAAAGCGCUCGUCGAAGAGGUCCUCCGGAGUGGGAGCUUGA